CCGGCACACAUCUUCAAGUUGCACACUUGUGUCAAACCGCAUCCAAGUUGCCGGAGGCGUCCCGCGUGAAUGCUGGGUAUCUCUUCCGUUUUCUGCAAGAAUUGGCGAAGAACGCGGAUAAAAAUCGAAUGACUGCGACGAAUCUCGGCAUCAUUCUGGGUCCAACGCUACUUUCGCCUCCGCUCACUGUAGACAAUGAUGUCCGCGAUGAUCGAGAAUCUGCGAAGGCCGAUGCUGUCGCCGCUAACAAUCAUCAAAAUUUUAUCCGCCUGAAAUCCGCGAGUCCAGAUACGACUAUUCCAAAAUCCAAUGGCGUAUCUGAGUCAUUUACAUGUGCUGGAUCUCGCGGUGGAGUUAUUGAGCUUCUCAUUACCUACGCUGAUGAGAUCUUUCCUGAUAUAGUCGACGACGACAUGUAUGACCUGGAGAACGUGGUCGCCGAGAAUGAGGAUCCGUUUGAUGAAAUCGAGCCCCAAAUGCCCGCUGGUGUUUACGACUCGACCUCCUCGAAAGAUCCGCAAACACCCGAUGGCAGCCAAUGCACCCAACGGCUCAUUCCCACCACCGAGCUGGGACGCCGCGCACAGCGUUGCCGGAAUGAGUUUUCCCGACAAGGUCGCGUGUUUCGCAGCCUGCCACAGCGUCUCAAGGUCAAGCAUUCCUCCUCCACCUCCUCACCGACCCCUCGUGGCUUGCACCCCUGGCAGGCCCUAUUUACCGGCAGACCACAAUCUUCGCAGACACCAGCUUGUGUUGUCUCCUCGCCCACAAUUAAAUGCCAGCCGUCACCGCGAUCCGCGCCCAGUACGCGCCGUUCCCCUACGCCUGUUUUGAGU